UGUCCGUUGUGCUGCGCCGGACGGAAGGAGUCUGUGAACUCGGUGCCCUCCUCCGGAGCCUCCUCGGCCUCCGCCUCCGGCAGACGGGAGCAGAUUUCGGACCACAGCUCACCGCUGGACCGAGCCUCCUGGCUCCCGAAGUCGUCAGUCAUCCUGGGGACAACAGAUGCCAGAGCUCCGGAGGAGAUGCGAGCGGCGUUGCGCCUGGCAGUAGUGGCUGUCCCCAUGGGCGUGCUGCUGUCCCGGACCGUGGCGUGGAUGUCCAGCGGCAAAACCCACCCAGAGCUCAUCAGCAGGCUAAGGGAUCAUGGGGUGAUCCACAGCGACAGAGUGUUCGAUGCCAUGCUGGCCACUGACAGAGGGCUGUAUUCCAGGGACUAUCCUUACGCUGACGCUCCACAGACCAUAGGAUACCGAGCCACCAUAAGUGCACCACACAUGCACGCACAUGCUUUGGAGCUGUUAAGUGACAAACUAACAGAAGGGGCGUCUGCACUGGAUGUAGGUUCAGGAAGUGGAUAUCUGACUGCCUGUUUUGCACGAAUGAUAGGACCCAGUGGCAGAGUCAUUGGGAUUGAACACAUUGAUGAUCUAGUGCAAAUGUCAAUAAAAAACGUGCAAGCUGAUAACCCUGAGCUGCUGUCUUCUGGACGAAUCAAACUCUUAGUGGGAGAUGGACGGCUUGGCUAUCCAGAAGGAGCACCAUAUGAUGCCAUUCACGUCGGUGCGGCUGCAGCUACUGUUCCCAAGGCUCUGCUGGAGCAGCUGAAGCCAGGUGGGCGGUUAGUCCUCCCAGUGGGCCCAGAAGGUGGCAGUCAGGUGUUGGAACAGUAUGAUCGGCAGAGUGAUGGGACCUUCCUAAAGAGAGCCCUGAUGGGAGUGGUUUAUGUCCCUCUGACUGACAGGAGGCACCAGUGGCCAGGAGCAAUGCACGUGAGUUUGUCUGGUAGGAGUUUACUGUCUGUUUUACUUGACAAAGCGGAACUUCGACGGCGUGUAGCUCGCAUUGUUUGGCUUUCUUCCGUAAAUCGAUUCGUGGGCGGAACUUCUAAUUAUCUGCGGUGUCCGCAGAAUAUGGAGCAAGUUGUUACGGCCACGGAAAAGUCGGCCGACGUCGACACUCAGUUGUCAGCGGAGGCAACAACGCCAGUAGAGGCAACAAAACCCGGUAAACGCAAAAGCGACGAGCCGGACGGGGUGGAGAGGAGCGGCAGGGGGAAGAGGCGGCGCGGGGCCGGAGGGAAAAAGCUCGGCCCGGGGGAGAGGUACGUCCCGCCGCCGCAGAAGCGCAACCCGGGGGUCAGCUUCUGCCGGGAGCACUUCGACGAGACCUCCUACUUCUUCGAGGGCGGGCUGCGGAAGGUGCGCCCGUAUUACUUCGAUUUUAAAACCUACUGCAAAGGUCGCUGGAUCGGCAAGAGCCUGCUGGAAGUGUUUCAGAACGAGUUCCGAGCGGAGUCGAUAGAGUACUACCAGAAGGCGGCCAAAGAGGGGCGCAUCCGGCUCAACGACACCCCGGUGGAGGACCUGUCCGUGGUGCUCAGGGAUAACGACCUCAUGAAGAACACCGUCCAUCGCCACGAGCCACCCGUGGUCGCCGCUCCGCUGCAGGUUCUGGUGGACGACGGGGAGGUCCUGGUGGUGGACAAGCCUGCGUCCAUCCCCGUCCACCCCUGCGGUCGCUUCCGCCACAACACGGUGAUUUUCAUUCUGGGUAAAGAGCGGGGCAUCUCCGAGCUGCACACGGUCCACCGGCUGGACAGGCUCACCUCUGGAGUCCUGCUGUUUGCCAGGACGCUGGGGACAUCCCAGAAACUGGACCAGAUGGUCAGAGACAGACAGCUGGAAAAAGAGUAUGUGUGCCGAGUGGAGGGCGAGUUUCCUGAGGGGGAGAUGGUCUGUGAGGAGCCCAUCCUGGUUGUUUCCUUCAAAAUCGGCCUCUGCCGCGUUGACCCGAAAGGGAAGGAGUGCCGAACCGUUUUUCAGCGGCUCAGCUUUAACGGGAAAACGAGCGUGGUCCGCUGUUUGCCGCUGACCGGCCGCACGCACCAGAUCAGGGUUCACCUCCAGUACCUGGGCUUUCCCAUCCUCAACGACCCCAUCUACGGCUCCUCCGCCUGGGGCCCCCACCGAGGGAAGGGGGGGCUCGUGGGGAAGAGCGACGGGGAUCUGCUCAAGGCCUUAGAAGAAGAGCAUCGCUCUCAGGAAAAUGUGCACAUGGCAGACUUUACGGACGGCGGCGUUGGGGUCGAGGACGAGAAAAAGGAGAAAUGUGAUCAAAUGGACAAUCCGGACGCUCCCUCUGAGCCUGCCAGGGGGGGAGAAAGCUGUGAUGGCGACGGCACGAAGAGGGUGGACGUUAAAACAAAUGACGAUUUACUCAAAGAUUCCGAAAUCUCUCCGCCAGCCAACUCGAAGGCGGAUCAAAACAAAGCGGUUGACUCCACCCACGAGGCUCCCUCAGGCCCUCGGGACCACCUCUGCAGCGAGUGCAAGCUGCUGCGUCCGGACCCCACCGAGAAGGAGCUCAUCAUGUAUCUGCACGCCCUGCGCUACAAAGGGCCCGACUUUGAAUACUCCACACGUCUGCCUGACUGGGCCAAAGAGGACUGGGUGGAGGCUGAUUGGUGC